AUGAUGAUGCAGCAGCUGCUCCAGGGUCAAAAGAUUCUAGGGAAAGCGUUGAAUCAAGUCACCACGGACAUCAACUCCAGGAUGAACCACAUGUUCAAUGACCUGAGUACCAAAUAUGAUAACGUAGCCAGCCAUAUGCGCCAGAUGGAUGUUCAGAUCGCACAGACAGCUGAGAGCGUCAAGAGGCAGCAAGGUACUCUACCUGGAAAGACCGACAAGAAUCCUAAAGAAUGCAAUGUUGUAGCACUAAGGAGUAGAAGAAACCUACUGGAUACAAUUCCCAAGAACUUAUCAGCAGCGGAAAAGGGUAAGCAGAAAGAGGGUGAGCAACCAAGAUCUGAAGCACUUCCUUUAUCUGACGAGGAACCAGAACAGUCUGUUGAGACUGAUCCGACACCUGUCGCUCCACCAGUUGAGCCUCUUAAUGAAAGGUUGAUCUCUGGUAAGGUGACUGGAGACAGUGAGCUACUGAUGGUUUCAAAAGAGUGCACUGCAGUACUUCAGAACAAGCCGAUAAAGAAAUUGGAUGAUCCAGGCAAGUUUGUUCUCUCCAUACAGAUCGGGAGAACUGUAUUCGCAUGUUCUCUAUGCGAUCUGGGUUCCAGCGUCAAUCUCAUGCCUUACUCUGUGGCAAAACGACUGGGCUUCACAAACUUCAAACCGACAAGACUCUCCCUGGUGUUCGCCGACAGAUCAGUCAAGUCACCGGUGGGUAUUCUGGAAGAUCUUCAUGUCCGAGUGGGGAACACUUUUGUUCCAACAGAUUUUGUGGUUCUGGAAGUUGAAGAAGAACUGAGCAAUCCACUGUAG